GUUUGAUUCAUGCUGUCAUUGCCCAGCACAGAAGAGAGCGGGCGGCCGCGAGCUGCCCAGCGUCCUUACUACACGCUGGAGGACGGCCUCUCCCCCGACAGGGGGCCCCGGAAGGUGGUUGAUCCUUUCACUCGCAAGGUCUACAACCGCGGAGAAGAGCCUUAUUGCGGGCUACACACUAUUGAGGAGCAAGUCAAGAAAAUGAGAGAAAACCGGCAGCGAAGGGAGCUAGGUACGUGCGAGGCCGAGCGAGGCCGCUCCACGCAUUGUGUAUUUGUUUGGUCUGUGCGUGUCUGUGUAUUUCUCAAUCCACAGAGAAAAGACUUUCUACCGAUCCAGAGUUUGCUGAAGACUAUCGGCUGGGAGAACUUUUCAAAAGUGGGGCAAGCAUGAGCGAUGCAUGUAUACUUAUCAUGUUGUUGUGUGUUCUGCAGAACGGUUUCGCAGCCCGGAGGGCCGCCAAAAAAUCGAGGAGCUAGCGUCAGAUUGUUCUGGAGGUGUGCAGGAACCCACAAGAGACUCUUCAUAUGAGGCCGAUUUCUUACGUGUGAACUGCAGAGGCGGAGGUAACGAAUCGCCCGUCAGACUUGUACCGACGACCUUCGCCGCUCAUGACCCCACCCCUUCGCCCGUCCCCCAUGCCCAUGUCACCGCUGCUACACGCCUGCACUCCGGUCGACAGCCCCUCGGCUUCAGAGGCUUCCACACCCCGCCUACUUGGACACCCUCGCGCAUCAGUGACGUGCUGUUUGCCGCCGCCAGCCAACAGCGUGAAGCCUCACAUAAAGGCUCCUCAGCAAGUGACAGAGAUAGCGAGCACUCCUUUGCUGCCAUCUCCUAGCCAUCGCCCAUCGAUGUGCCAGCGGAUCUGGGAAUUUAUCUGGUCAUGUCGUGAAGGAGUGUGCCGCGGCUGCCGGACAGUGUGGGCGUGGAUUUGCUCGUGCUGGCGCUCGUGGAUGGGAGGAGAGAGCCGGUGUGAGGAAGUAAAGGGUCAGUGAUGAGUGAUGAGAGGGACUUUUUGCUGAAGGGCUCUUUUUGGUGCCCCUGUGAGGCCGACAUCACGUCUCGUGUGUGACAUUCUUGUCUCUCUGAUGGUCCAGUGCACGUGCAUGCGGAGACGGCUACCUCCUUGUUUGUUGUUUCUUUGCUGGGGCUUUCCUGCUGUUAUCGUCUACUUCUAUGCUUGUCUCUUCCUUUCUUGCUCACUUGCUUUCUCUCUCUCUCUCUCUUGCUUCCUUUCUUUCUUUCUUUCUUUCUUUCUCUCAUUCUCCCAUAGCCUGCUGUCUUUUUUCUCUUGCCUUGUCACGGUGAGUGCAGAGUAAGACCACAUGUCCGCUUUUGCAGUGUUUUUUUUCGUGCGGCUUACUUCUGGCCAGGAGCACGCCAACCUCGUCCUUGUUCAAGUAUUCUUUACUUUCAUCUCGUAAACAUUCAUAGCAGGCCUCUGACGCAUCGUCCUGGUGUGUCUGUGUCCUCGCAUGUGUCUCCAGGGGACGCGCUAACCGACAGCACCAAUGACUCAACGGACAGCGGUGUGCUGGCGAUGAUCUUCAUUCAAUUUGUGUAUGCGUUUUUGUCUCUGUGUGUGCCUCUGUGUAUGUCAGGGAUGACACGUCGUUGCCGGAGAGACCAGAAUGGGGUAGGCUCUGAUCACAGUGAUUGCGCAACAGCUGCUGAAUCGCAGAGAAGCUUUUGUUUGCUUCGUUGUCCUGUUGCAGAUUGAUCAAAGCGAGUGGUCGUUGGUAUGCCUGCUUGGGCAGGAUGGCCUGGACGGCGUAUUGUUCGUUCAUCUUGGCGCGCUGAGCCUCGAGGGACUUCACCUGCUGGAACUUGCCGAUCAUGUAGCCAAGGUUGAGCUCGAGAUCCGACGCAUCGCCCUUCAAAUGAUCGGUUCAUUGUGUGGAUUCUCUGUCAUUUUACCCUUCAGGCACUCAUUGGCAACGCAUUGGAGUCCGAUGGAGAGACAUCGAACACAGGCAGCCCUUCACCGAGGUCUCUUCUCAGCAGAUCCAUGUCACGGCGAUUGAGGUGCCAGUCGCUUGUAUCCAUCCUCGGGUGGAACAGGUAUCUGCACAUCAGACUGCACAGGACAUGUGAUGGUUUGUUUCUCCUGCAGGAUGGCCAUUGUGUGUUUGUGUGGAUCGUCUGACGUGUGUCAAUCCGAUUCGUCCGUCGACGAAGAGGACCAGCAGCGUCGGGCUGAUCUGAAGCCUCGACAGCACCAGCGGGUUGCCCUUGACUCAGCAGAUCCGCGGCAGACUGGUGGGAGUCUGGAAGGCUUCCAAGAGUCUGCACACCGGUACUGAAACUCUUGCCGCACACAUGACAGUCAUGCAGUGUGUAUGCUCCGCAGGUGGUUCGACAUGGGGAGCAUUACAGUGGCAACAAGUCACCUCAGCCCGCCGUUGGCAUCGGUACGGCCAGCACCGAAACCUCUCGAGAAUGUGAAGCCGAGAAAGGAGGAACCAGACCGGUCAGGACACCACUUUGAGAGAUAGGAACGGCACUUGCUGACUGCGUUCACGAUGCCUGUCAUUGAUUGUCCAUUCUCUUCGACAUUUCCACAGGAUAGGUGUGGUCUUGUUUGACCGUGUGCGGUCGGCUGUCAGGGGCCGUCUGCGGGAUUCGACACCACCGCCGCGACUCAUCAUCCAGCGACGAUACCAUCCUUCCCCGCUACGUCGCCUCGCUGUCCCAUUCGUCAGGCCUCCAACACAGUAGGACAGAGCAGCUGGAAGGCUCUCUCUGCAUGUCUGCUCCGACGUACCGCCCAUCCAUGCCCAGUUCCUCUAGAUCUAUCGUCUGGCUUUUUUUGCGUCUUCUGCAAAUGUGCUAUGCCUCUGUAGGUCUGCACGAUCCUUUUUCAUCGGUUUUCUUGGCGAGUUGUGCUACAGCGGCUUACAGAUGACUGCCAAUUUUUCGCUUCCG